AUGCCCAGUUGGGACACACUUGGUCGAUGGCAAGUGCGUCCCAUCGCACGGUCCCACUCACCCGUGCCCAAUUGGGACACACUUGGUCGACGGCCGCUGCGUUCCACUCCAUGGUCCCCCUCAUCACUUGUGCCCAAGUGGGACACACUUGA